CGGUUAUUGUUGCUGUUAUUAUUAUAGCUCGGUUCUCGCCACUCUGAGCUGUUUCUUCUCGGGGGCAUCUCCGUGGAGAGGUAUGGGCCUUCUUGACCAGCUCUGGGACGACACCGUCGCCGGGCCCCGACCCGAGACCGGCCUCGGCCGCCUCCGGAAGCACUCCUCCUUUGGCUUCCGCUCCAACCCCAGCAAAGAGGGACCGACGGCGGACGGAGGAGGGAUCGGCCGAUCGGAGGGCGGCGGCGAGGAGGUGGAAGUGAGGGUGACGCGAAGCAUCAUGAUCAAGCGGCCAGCUGGGAGCCCUUCUACGGGGAAUUCCACGCCGCCUGCGUCGCCCGCAGGAUCCACGCCGCCCAUCUCGCCCUUCGCCGGAAGCGGGGACUGGGAUCGAUUUAGGAGGAAAUCAUCAUCCAAUGCAUAUGAAAGAGUUGGAGGAACGGUUAGCAUCGGAUCCCGGGAUCCUACAAAUGAGGUUUGAGCUGUGCCAUUAUCUGCUCCAUGAGGAGAGAUAGAGACUCACUUAUGAUCGGAGCGCAAAAUGAGGCAGGGUUUCUUUCUAAGAUGUUCUAAUAUGUUGAUGCAAGUAAAAUUGCACUAGUGUUAUGUAGGAUGCCAGCUUAGAAAUGAGGUCUCUUGUAAUGUGCAUAGGGUUGGGGAGGCUGUUUGGUUUGUGUGCAUAUUCCUACUUUUGCAGACAUAAUAAGAGCUUGUGAUAAUGGUUGCUGGGA